GGCAUCGUUUUUGCCCGAUCAUGGAGCUUCUUGUAAGUUCUAACCCUAUCACCAUCGCCUUCGCCUCCCUCCUUGCUUUUCCUUUGUCCGUCGAGCGAGGCCAUCCCACAGGCCACAACCAGCACCUCACCGCCGCUCCACACCCCACACAUCGCCGUCGCUCCUCGCCCCACGCGUCGACCCAGCUCCCCGCUACAUCGACACCGCUCGCCGCCGCCUCGACCCAGCUCUCCACUCCUCGCGCCGCUUGCGGCUUGCCGCCUCGACGCCACUCCCCGCCGCUGCCUCGACGUUACCUCCGAGCUUUUGCAGUUGGUGCUUAAUUAGCUUUUCAUUUUGUUAGUUUCGACUUUUAUGGUGAUUAAUAUGCAGCGGUGCACUGCGUUGUAUACAUAAAUUGGUUCGUUCUUUUAAGAAUGGAAAAAGAACAUCCAUGAAUUUGGUUCUGUUUCGGUGUUUCCCCAGUGAAAGCGAGCAAGGGAGCAAGAAAGAGCAUUGAACCCU